AUGAAGUCCAAUCCCUCACCGACCGAGCCUCCAGUUGAGGCAGGACAAAAUGGCAACUCACAGCCUGAGUAUCCAAAGACAACGUUUGGCUUCAGGUUCUGGCUUGCAUUCUGGGCAAUUGCCUUCACAAAUCUCGCAGCUUCGUUCGAUGCAACUAUGCUAUCCGUUGCCCUUCCGACCAUUGCCGGAGAUCUAGGGGGAUCAACCACUGAAGCUUUCUGGGCCGGAACCUCCUACCUCCUCGCCUGCACCAUCUUAAUGCUGAUAUGGGUAACGUUCAGCGAUGCUUUCGGUCGGCGGCCAAUCAUGCUCAUUGCACUACUCAUCUUCGCCGUCGGGGCCAUCAUCUCUGCUGUUUCGCAUGAUUGGCCAACAAUGCUAGCAGGUCGAACGGUCCAAGGACUCGGUGGCGGAGGGAUAAUUUCACUUACAACAGUCCUGAUAACUGAUCUAGUCCCAUUACGGGACCGAGGUCGCUUUUAUGCCCUUGUCAGUGUGGUUUGGGCAGUGGGGAGCUCUACAGGCCCUAUCAUUGGGGGUGCACUAGCUCAAUCGGGGUCAUGGCGUUGGAUCUUUUGGAUUAAUCUACCCAUUGUCGCUGUCGGUGUCAUUGGAAUUGGAUGUUUUCUGCGUCUUUCACGUCGCCGUCGCACGCUUUCCGAAAAGCUACACUUGUUCGACUAUCCCGGUUCAUUUUUAUUCAUCGCCUCUAUCACUGCAUUCUUGAUCCCAAUCACUUGGGGUGGUAUUCAGUAUCCUUGGUCUAGCUGGCAUACCCUCGUGCCGUUAAUCCUCGGUGCUGUGGGUCUCAUUGGCUUGGUAGUGUACGAGGUUUUGAUCGCAAAAUCUGCUGCUGUACCAAAAAAGACUCUUCUGAUUCCACCGGAAGUCUUACCGAACUGGACUUGUGGUAUUCUCUAUGCGGCAAGUACCUUCCAUGGCCUUAUCCUCUAUAGUAUGGUAUACUACAUGCCCGAAUAUUUCCAGUCUGUGAAAGGAUACAGCCCCGUGAUUGCUGGCGUGGCCGCGCUCCCACAGACGGUUACGGUCGUUCCCUGCGCUAUCCUAGUAGGUAUUGUUGUCGGUCUCACAGGUCGGUAUCGAUGGGCACUCUGGAUAGGCUGGCUACUGACCUGCUUCGGCCUUGGGCUGCUCAUUUUGCUCAAGGCAAACACGACUGUUGCGCAGUGGAUAUUUUUGGAGGCCGUGUCUGGUCUAGGAAUCGGGCUACUUUUUCCAUCUAUUGCGCUCGCGGUUCAAUCAUCCGUUCCACAGCGCGAAGUUAGCAUGGCCGCCACGUUAGUUCUAUUCUUCAGGUCAAUGGGGCAGACAAUUGGGGUCGCAAUUGGUGGUGCUAUUCUUGACAAUCAACUCCCAAACCAUCUCUCUGCUGCAGUAUCGAAAGAGGCCACCAGUCAGUUACAAGGUCAGGCGAUGAACUUGGUCACUUUGGGCGAGUUGUUGAGGAGACUACCAACCGGCUCGUUUGAGGCAACUGAGAUCCGGCAGGCACUAGUUAACUCAUUCCAGAUCAUCUGGGUGGUGAUGUGUAGCUUCGCAGGUCUCAAUCUUAUAUUGAGCAUCUUUAUCAAAGAGUUCGAUAUGAAUCAGAGCCACGAGACGGAACAGGGAUUCGUGCAUACAGUACACAACACUACAGCUAAGAACAAGUCGGAUAAUCAGUAA